UUCGGUCAUUUGGAGCUUGCUCGUCGAAGGAUAAGCAUUUUAUUGUCCCUAGAAAAACAAAAAUGAGUAGGUGUCGUGUAUUAAUUGGUCGUCUAAACCCUGCUGCCUGGGAGAAAGAUGUUGAGAGAUUUUUUAAAGGCUAUGGUCGCAUCAGAGAUAUUGACUUAAAAAGGAGAUUUGGGUUUGUGGAGUUUGAAGACCCAAGGGAUGCAGAUGAUGCUGUUUAUGAGCUUGAUGGAAAGGAACUCUGCAGUGAAAGAGUUACGAUUGAACAUGCAAGGCUUCGCUCAAGAGGAGGUGGUGGUGGACGAGGACUUGGCAGAGGAAGGUACCCUGAUAGAUUCAGCAGCCAUCGCCCACGUAAUGAUAGAAGUGCACCGCCCAUCAGGACUGAGAAUCGUCUAAUUGUAGAAAACGUAUCUUCUAGAGUCAGCUGGCAGGAUUUGAAAGACUUCAUGAGACAAGCUGGAGAAGUUACAUUUGCUGAUGCACACAGACCAAAGCUGAAUGAAGGGGUUGUUGAAUUUGCAUCAUACAGUGACUUGAAAAACGCCAUUGAGAAUCUUUCUGGGAAAGAAAUCAAUGGCAGAAAAAUAAAGUUGAUUGAAGGCAACAAAAGACACAGUAGGUCAAGAAGUCGGUCCCGAUCUCGUAGCCGAAGCUCCUCCCGCUCCCGCAGCCGUUCCCGCUCAAGAAGCAGAAAGUCUUACAGCCGUUCUCGUAGCCGCGGUCGCAGUUCUCGUAGCAACCGUAGCAAAUCACGUUCUGCUAGCAGGUCUCCUGUAACAGAGAAGAACCAGAAGGCUGGAUCUUCGAGUCCAUCUAAAUCACCUGCCUCUGUUGACCGACCGAGAUCUCAAUCAAGGUCACGGUCUGUUGACAGCAGAAACUGAACUAUUCACAUCUCAUUUAAAAAAAAAAAAAACUGUUUGUUUUUCACAAAGUAAAAUCUAGAUGCUUACUUAUGUGGUAAGUAUUUGUGGGGCUACUUAGAAGAGCAGGAGAUCUCAAUUUUAUUUUAUUUUUUGUAUAUAAUUGGACCACCAAUGGACAAGAAUCUUAAGCUUGUGUGACAAACUGCUUUUGUCCAAUGUGUAUAGUUCGUGUAAAAACAUUUUUAUUUGAAUUUUUUUCCCCAUCCCUCUUCUCCUUUGUUUGAAGUAUAGACCCCUGAUAUUUUGUAUAUAGGCGUACUAGAGGUGCUGGGUGUCAAACUAAAAUUGCUGUACAUAAUGCAAGAUUUUUUUAAUUUUUUUUUU